CGACAAGCUUGGGAUUGUGUCUGUCUGAGCUGUAAUCUAGGCAAACCUCAUUUUUAUCGGAAAAAUAAAAAUAAAAAUAAAAAUAAAAUUGAAAUUGAAAUUAAAGUAAUUUAUGGAUGAAAACGCUUUAAUUUUUCUUUAAUUAAUAAAAUCUAAUAAAUUAAACUCGACCCAAGAAGGUUAGAGAGAAGAGAAGGGGAGGAGGGAAACCGAAGAGGAAAGAGAAAAACAAAGAAAACAAUAACAAAAAACCAAGGGAAGCAAAAGGGUUGUGGGGUGUUUUUACUUUGAAAGGCGGAAGGGGGGGUUUUGUUUUGAAUCUUGUUGGGAAUCAGAGCGAAAAGACUGGAGCUUUGAAGGGGGGGUUUGAGCUUCUGCUGCUCUUCUUGAAGCUCUGAUCUCGAGUGUUGAGUUUCGUUUAUACAGCCCCCCCUCAAAAGAAGGAAUCAAAAAGUUGUAGUGGGGGAAAAGUUGGGUGGUUUUUGAACAGAGUGGGAGGGAUUGUAGUGGGCGUGGGGCAAGAAAAGGAGGGGGAGUUGUGGGAUAGGAUUGGGAUUUUGCUGACUUGAAUUGGGUCAAUCAGUUUCUGGGUUGGGUUGGACUGGAUUGGAUUGACUUGGGUGAUCUUUGUUGUGGCAAUUGGGAGUAGAUCGCGAGGCGGCCGCAGUUCCUGAUCCGAUUAAUAGCAGCAGAAAUGGCUGCUUCAGUUAGUCUGGGGGUUGGCUCUCUUGUUUGGGUGGAAGAUCCUGAACUUGCUUGGCUAGAUGGGGAAGUGGUGGAGGUUAAUGGUGAUACAAUAAAAGUUGCCUGUACUUCAGGGAAGACGGUUGUUGUUAAGGGUUCUAAUGUCUAUCCCAAAGAUGCUGAAGCCCCACCAUGUGGAGUGGAUGAUAUGACAAAGUUGGCUUAUUUGCAUGAACCGGGGGUUCUACAAAAUUUAAGAUCCAGAUAUGAUAUGAAUGAAAUAUAUACUUACACAGGUAGCAUAUUGAUUGCUGUGAACCCUUUCACAAGAUUACCUCAUCUAUAUGAUAACCACAUGAUGGCACAAUAUAAAGGGGCAGCUUUUGGUGAGCUGAGUCCACACCCUUUUGCUGUUGCUGAUGCUGCAUAUAGACUUAUGAUGAAUGAGAAAAUCAGUCAGUCAAUUUUGGUUAGUGGCGAAAGUGGGGCAGGUAAAACAGAAAGCACAAAAUUGCUUAUGCGUUAUCUUGCCUACAUGGGAGGGAGAUCUGUAGCUGAGGGAAGGACUGUUGAGCAGCAAGUUCUUGAGUCCAAUCCAGUUCUAGAAGCAUUUGGUAAUGCAAAGACUGUCAGAAACAAUAAUUCAAGUCGGUUUGGUAAGUUUGUGGAGAUUCAAUUUGAUCAGAGGGGAAGGAUUUCAGGAGCAGCUAUCAGGACUUAUUUGCUGGAAAGAUCCCGUGUUUGUCAAGUGUCUGAUCCUGAGAGAAAUUAUCACUGCUUCUACAUGCUUUGUGCUGCACCAGCAGAGGAUGUUCAAAGGUUCAAAUUGGGAAAUGCAAGAACUUUCCACUAUCUGAAUCAAUCAAAUUGCUAUGAGUUGGAAGGGGUUGAUGAUUCCAAGGAAUACAUUGCAACAAGGAAGGCAAUGGACAUUGUUGGAAUAAGUUCUGAUGAGCAGGAAGGAAUUUUUCGAGUUGUUGCUGCAAUUCUCCAUCUUGGAAACAUUGAAUUCAAAAAGGGAAAGGAAACAGACUCAUCUGAACCCAAAGAUGAAAAAUCUCGGUUCCAUCUGAGAACUGCAGCUGAGCUUUUCAUGUGUGAUGAGAAGGCACUAGAAGAUUCCCUCUGCAAACGUAUAAUUGUAACCCGUGAUGAGACCAUCACAAAAUGUCUGGAUCCACAUUCUGCAACUCUGAGUAGAGAUGCUUUAGCUAAGAUUGUGUACUCAAGGUUGUUUGACUGGCUUGUGGAUAAUAUUAAUUGUUCAAUUGGUCAAGACCCUGACUCAAAGUGUUUGAUUGGGGUGCUGGAUAUUUAUGGAUUUGAGAGUUUCAACACAAACAGCUUUGAGCAAUUUUGCAUCAAUUUGACAAAUGAGAAACUUCAGCAACAUUUUAAUCAGCACGUUUUCAAAAUGGAGCAAGAAGAAUAUACGAAAGAAGAAAUUGAUUGGAGUUACAUUGAUUUUGUCGAUAAUAAGGAUGUUCUAGAACUUAUUGAAAAGAAACCUGGUGGCAUAAUUGCUCUGCUGGAUGAAGCUUGCAUGUUCCCAAGAUCAACGCAUGAAACAUUUUCCCAAAAGCUGUACCAGACAUUUAAAAACCAUAAGCGCUUCAGCAAGCCAAAGUUAUCACGCACUGACUUCACCAUUUGCCAUUAUGCUGGUGAUGUGACUUAUCAAACGGAUUUGUUCCUGGACAAAAACAAAGACUAUGUUGUUGCUGAACACCAAGCCCUUCUGAGUGCUUCCAAUUGUUCCUUUGUGGCGGGUUUGUUUCCACCUUUAUCUGAGGAGUCCUCCAAAUCAUCGAAGUUCUCUUCGAUAGGUUCCCGGUUCAAGCAACAAUUGCAAGCACUGCUUGAAACUCUAAGUGUUACCGAGCCUCAUUACAUUCGCUGUGUGAAGCCCAAUAAUCUUCUUAAGCCAGCUAUCUUUGAGAAUAAGAAUGUCCUACAGCAACUACGGUGCGGGGGAGUCAUGGAGGCCAUUAGGAUAAGUUGUGCUGGAUAUCCUACUAAGAAACCUUUCGAUGAAUUUAUUGACCGAUUUGGCAUCCUUGCACCUGAAGUUUUGGAUGGCAGUUCUGAUGAGGUUGCUGCUUGUAAGAGGCUGCUAGAGAAGGUUGGACUUAAAGGCUAUCAGAUUGGUAAAACAAAGGUCUUUCUUAGGGCUGGUCAGAUGGCUGAUCUAGAUGCCCGAAGGAGUGAGGUCUUAGGAAGAUCUGCUAGCAUUAUCCAGAGGAAAGUUCGUUCUUAUUUGUCUCGCAGAAGUUUCAUCUCACUGCGUCAUUCUGCAAUACAGCUCCAAGCUGCUUGCAGAGGACAACUUGCUCGCAAAGUUUAUGAGAGUAUGCGGAGAGAAGCUUCUGCUCUAAGGAUCCAGAAAGAUUUGCGUAUGUUCCUUGCUAGGAAAGCUUAUAAAGAAUUGUGCUCCUCUGCUCUUUGCAUUCAGAGAGGUAUGCGUGGCUUGGCUGCUCGUAAUGAGCUUCGCUUCAGAAGGCAGACAAGAGCAGCAAUUGUUAUCCAGAGUCAAUGUCGCAAAUACUUAGCUCACUUGCACUACAUGAGAUUAAAGAAAGCGGCAAUCACCACACAGUGUGCAUGGAGAGGAAGAGUUGCUCGUAAGGAACUGCGGAAGCUCAAGAUGGCUGCAAAAGAAACUGGUGCUCUUCAAGCUGCCAAAAAUAAACUAGAAAAGCAAGUUGAAGAACUGACAUGGCGAUUACAACUGGAGAAACGCAUGAGGGCUGAUUUGGAAGAAGCUAAAACACAGGAAAAUGCAAAAUUACAAUCUGCUUUGCAAGAAGUGCAACUUGAAUUUAAAGAAACUAAGGAAUUGCUCAUGAAAGAACGUGAGGUAGCCAAAAGGGCAGCGGAGCAGAUCCCUGUCAUACAGGAGGUGUCAGUCAUUGACCAUGCAAUGCUGGAUAAGCUUACUGCUGAAAAUGAGAAACUGAAGUCCUUGGUGAGCUCCCUGGAAAAGAGAAUUGAUGAAACACAGAAAAAAUAUGAGGAGACAAACAAACUUAGUGAAGAAAGGCUGAAGCAGGCAUUGGAAGCAGACCAAAAAAUAGUUCAGUUGAAGACUGCUAUGCAGAGGCUUGAAGAAAAGUUUUCUGAUGUCGAAUCUGAGAAUCAAAUUCUUCGUCAGCAAGCCUUGUUAAAGACACCUGUAAAACGCAUUGCAGAUAUUCUUUCAACUCCAGAAAAGAGUCAGGGUUUGGAAAAUGGUCAUCACUUGAGUGAAGAGAAUGGAGCUAAUGAACCGAUGAGUGCAAUGCCCAUUAAGGAGGUUGAGACAGACUCAGACAGCAAGAUGAGGAAAUCCCAUAUUGAACGCCAAUAUGAUGAUAUUGAUGCUCUGAUUAAAUGUGUUUCAAAAGACAUUGGCUUCAGUCAAGGAAAGCCUGUUGCAGCAUUUACAAUCUAUAAAUGUCUUCUUCAGUGGAAAUCUUUUGAGGCUGAAAGGACUAGUGUAUUUGAUCGCCUCAUUCAGAUGAUUGGUUCUGCAAUUGAGAAUCAAGAUAACAAUGAUCAUAUGGCUUAUUGGCUAUCAAAUACAUCUACAUUAUUGUUCUUGCUCCAAAAAAGUUUAACAUCUACCGGGGCAGCUGGUGCAGCUCCACGUCGAAAACCCCCACCCACAUCUCUGUUUGGGAGGAUGGCCAUGGGAUUCCGAUCAUCCCCUUCUGCUUAUCUUGCUGCACCUCCAUUUGAGGUAGUACGCCAAGUUGAGGCAAAAUACCCAGCUUUGCUUUUUAAGCAGCAGCUCACAGCAUAUGUGGAGAAAAUUUAUGGAAUUGUUAGAGACAAUCUGAAGAAGGAGUUGACACCAUUGCUUUCCUUAUGCAUCCAGGCACCAAGAACGUCCAAGGGAACUGCGCUAAGAUCUGGACGGUCCUUUGGCAAAGAUUCUCCAUCAAGUCACUGGCAGAGUAUCAUUGAAUGCCUCAACACCCUUCUCUGUACAUUUAAAGAAAAUUUUGUGCCUCCAAUUCUUGUGGAGAAGAUCUUUACUCAAACCUUCUCAUAUAUCAACGUGCAACUCUUUAAUAGUCUUCUUCUGCGUCGUGAAUGUUGUACAUUCAGCAAUGGAGAAUAUGUGAAAUCUGGGUUAGCCGAGUUAGAGCUAUGGUGUGCGCAAGCAAAAGAAGAGUAUGCAGGCUCGUCUUGGGAUGAACUUAAGCACAUACGGCAAGCUGUUGGGUUCUUGGUUAUACAUCAGAAGUACAGAAUUUCCUAUGAUGAAAUUACCAAUGAUCUAUGCCCCAUACUGAGUGUCCAGCAGCUGUAUAGAAUAUGCACAUUGUACUGGGAUAGCAAUUAUAAUACUCGAAGUGUAUCUCCAGAUGUCAUUUCCAGCAUGAGGGUACUAAUGACAGAGGAUUCAAACAAUGCCGUCAGCAGUUCCUUUUUGUUGGACGAAAAUUCCAGCAUUCCUUUCUCGGUUGAUGACCUCUCUAAUUCCCUGCAAGAGAAGGACUUCACAGAUGUGAAACCAGCUGAGGAACUUCUCGACAACUCAGCCUUCCAAUUUUUACAGGAGUAAGGCUCUUGGCUCUCUCAUUUUUCAUCAACCUAGGCAGUAGUAAAUUCAAAUUUCUCCUGUCCAUGAAAACAAUAUAUUGUAAAUCCAUUCCCAUUUUUCUCCACUCCCAUGCCCCUGCUGUAAAAUUAUUUAUUUGUUAAUUUUUUUUUCAAAAUUAAGUUUGUAAAAUCUUUAUAGCUAAAUGGGGCAGGGAUACAUCUUCUUGGCCAAGUGUGCAUUUAUUUUUAUUUUUAUUUUUAUUUUUUGGUUUCAAUCUUUUGGUCAGUGUGUUAGAAAUGUUUCAGAGCUUUAGGAAUUUGAUACUGUUAUUGUAGUGGUAUGGUGGAACCAUUUCUCCACUUCCACCCAAUUUUCAUUGUAUAAACAAACAAGAUAUAUGAACAAACACCCAUUUCUUAUACAAGAAUUUCUUUGUUGAUUGGUUUGUAUCA